AUGGCAAUGCACGUCAAUCAAGUAGACUCGGGUCUGCCGUUGAUGCGAAAGUUGCUUAUAUGUCAGUUACACCGAUCUAAUCUUCUUCAGUCUACCUAUAGUCCAAGCAGCUUGCACCAGACCUGGCAACUGCAUCUAACCCAUUCUCAACUAGCUCAGGCGGCCGGACUUAUGUCAGACGACCUCGAGUCCCCCUCGAUAACUACCGACAGGAUGCCGAUAUCAAUAAAAACGAAACACGAAGGCCGAAUCCUGCUUUGGCAAGCCAUCUGGAUUCAGGGUCGUGUCGCAGGUCUGCAUUUUUCAGAGAAACAUCAGCUACCAGGUCUACGUCUAGACGAUUCUACCGGCCAGCUGGAUGUUUAUCUCACGCUGGCGGCUCAGCAGCAGAUUAAGCUAUCCGGUCGCAGUCAUCUGGAGAUUGGAGACUACCUAGCAUGUGUUGGUGAAUUGAUCCCAGCUGAUAGCAGAAUCGCGGAUAUAACAAGUAUCGGUGAUAGAAAACCGAUCACGGAGGCCUGGAAGCUGGAGGCACGCACCGCUACUGUCCUACAAAAGGCAGAGGAAGCGGGAAAAUCUACUAACCCUAGAGACUCUGCCGAACACAGAUGUCUAGCAGAGGUGGCAUGGCCUCUGGAGGUGGCUGACAUGAGCAUGAAGUUCCAUCAACGAAUUAAUUCUAAUGGUCUCAUAUUUUGA